GCUAGCAUCGCCGCUCUCUGGGCCGCGCCGCCACCAAUGGCGCAUAUUCCCCACGCGGUGGGCCACGCUGCCGACCCGCGCGCGCAGCUGCCGCCGACCAACUUGCCGCUCAGCGUCGACCACCACUUGACCGCCGCCCUCGAGCCCUUCUACGGCACCGGCGCGGCAGGCGGCUCACCUCCGCCCGCAGGCACAGACUGGUCGUGGGAGGCCGAUGCGGCGGAGCAGCUCGCGCUCGCCAUGGGCAGCCACCACCUCUCGUGAUUUCGCGAGGCUAGCGCGGCUCUCUCGCGCCCCCGCUCCGAAGACUGAUCUGUGAAGGACGGGCCACGCCCACGGGACCACGUUCUCUAUCGCCCGCUCCGCCCCAUCCCCUGCCGCGCUCCGAGUUUAACCCCUAAACGGCUACCGAAACGGGGUGCCCGGAAGGGCGAUAUCACGGCGGCCUAACUGUGCCUCCGUGCGCUCGCCACAUACCCCCUGCUGCCCGAGGGUCGUGUUAGCACUUUAUUGGGCACAUACAGAGGCGGUGGGAAGCCACCACGUUCCCUUUAAAUUUUCCGCCACAGAGCUCCGGAGCGCGCUCUGCAGACUGCACGAGCUCCUGGAGGACGCGGUUUCGUCUUUCGAUCCCAGACGGUCGUCGCACGUCGGCGCCCCAGUGAGGUCCGCCGUCAUAGGUGUAGCACGCUACUAGACACACUGCCUCCAAGUUGAGCGGUGGAAAAUUGUGACGAAGCCACGCACCGAAGCGCCGGCGUCCCUCUGGCAAUCUGCCACCGACAGCAACACACGCCUUUGAUCACCGGCUGCUUGCGCUCCGCAUACUCUCCAGAAGCUGUUGGUUGUGUGGCUGGUACUACUUCUAUCAGCCUUCCUCAUGCACAAUGUUGCCGUUGAGCUACGAGGCUGCAACCCGUCGUCAUUUGAGUUUGCUGCCAGCCACACACAGCGCGUCCCUGCUGCACGAAUGGUUGGACAGGUGUGAACAACAC